AUGCUCGAAAAUCGAGCGCCAAAAUCCAACUUCCAGGUGGAAGAGGAUCGUGGAGAAACGAACCAGGCCAUUGACUCUGAAGAGCACAAACAGGGUAAACAGGCAGCACUGUCGUCCACCCCGCAAAAAUGUCCCCCUAGAUGCCCCGACAGCGAACUAGAACAAAUGAACGGUCAGACUGAUCGAGAUCCCUCCCAGCCAGAAUUACCAGGAGAGGCCGUGAAGGAGGUCAAACCUGAAAGGCAGAAUAUGUUUGAGUUGUGCAAGGAGAAACGUCUUUGGGAGGACCUUUUCGGUAACCGGCCUACUGAGCUAGAUGACAUACUGGGUUUAUCGAAGUCGCAAUAUUUGCCUUCCUCCGCUUCCCCCGUCAGUGGCAUCAACAAUAGCACAGACGAUAGAAAAACCACAGCGAUUGGGGCUAUCGGUGGUAUGAAAACAGUGGUGGACCUUCAAGGUGGGUCCAGGUACCCCCCGGUUCCCCUUGAUGAGGUCAGCCACUGCUUGAAGGAGACUGCAGGCAACACGCGACGUCAUGGAGUUAUCCGCAACCCACUGGAAAAUCUGGAAAUGGAAGAAGUCCAGCUGUAG